ACUCGGGUGUAACGGUCAGGUGGGUCUGUCAGUCUGUGGAGCAACGUUUGUGAAACGAUGGAUUAUAUCCGAUCAGCUGGCGGACUUCUCUGAACAAAAACAACUAUGUGGAAGCGUCUCCGGAGGGACGGACGGAAGCCAGAAUAGAGCAAAAUUACCGAGUUUACGAGUUCUAAUCCUUCCUUCAAUUUUCAAACAACUCACAUCUUUCCUCUGCAACAUUUUUGACCUCUAAGCUCUAUUCCCUCUGCUUAAAUCUUUUCCUGUCCCCCAACCCCUGCCCUUUCCUCUUCUCCAUCUCCUCGCCCUCUCUGUCCUCAUGUCCGUAUCUAUGAGGAACCCACCCCAACGCCGGCGCUCUCUGGGUCCAGUCUCACCCAAACGAAUCUACAGGAACCUCUCCGUCAGACUGAGGGGAGGAGAGUCCUCGGUAGCAGCGGAGGUGGAUCCACCCAAGCACACCACCAAGCCUGCAGAAGCUUACAAGACCCUGUGGGAGGCAGUGGAAAAUGAGGACACUUUGGCUGUGCAAAGCCUUUUGUCCAAAGAUCAUGGCAGCUCUGGAGGAGGAGGAACAAGCUUGUGGGAGAGAGGAGAGAAGAAAGAGAAGGACUGGGAGAAAGAUAAAGAAAAAGGGGUGAACAGAGUGAGCGAACAGGGUUUGGUUCCAUUGGAUGUGGCAGCACUUACCCACAACUCCCCUCUUCUACAUGUGCUGACAAAGGCAGGAGCCAGACAUAACCCUAUUUUGUGCCGGCCAGUAGACUGGGGGCUCAAGCUGGAUUCCCUGGUGGAUCUGGCAAGUAAACGAGUGGAGGAGAGGAAGCUGGAGUUGGCCAGAAAAACAGGAGCGGGCCCCCAGGCACAGGCUGAGGUCCAGAGACAGGCUCGCCUCUGGAGACUCCGGCUGCAGCUGUACUGCCGGAUGAGAGAGAACUUCCAGAACACAGAGCUCCCAGGCCCUCCCAGUCAUGUGUCUUUAUUGGUAACCAGCAGUUCAUCUCUAUGCGUGGUGAUCAAGGAGCCAGAGGGUAACAACACCAUGGGGCUUAUCACCCGUUAUAAAGUGGAGUGGAGCACCUCGGCCGGCUUCAAACGCAUCCUGGGUACAGCACAGGUUACAGAGACAAGGAAUCCCUCCUAUAUCAUCAAUGGCGUGACAGCAGGAGUGCAUUACUACGUGAGAGCAAGCGCCUAUAAUGUGAAGGGAUGGGGCCCGCCUCAGUGCUCCACUCCGGUCAGCGCUGCCCCCUCUAGCUGGAGAGAGUGCGUUGGUGUAAAGUCCCUGCUCAGGAACCAUGAAAGCCUUGUGAGGAAACUGCUGGAAGAUGCCAAAGAAUCCCACUACAAAGGAUAUUAUAUUGAUAGCUCGAAGUCUCUGAGCCCCAGCAAGCGCCUGUCAAUGUCUCGAGGCAUCAAACAACUUUUCCAGUCAGCCACCAAGUUUGUUCGCCUUCUUCAAAGGGGUGUGUACUUGGCAACUAUUUUCUACCACAAAGACAAAGUCCUGGUAACCGCUGAGGAUCAGAUCCCACUGGUGGAGAUCCAGUGCUGCUCUACCUCCAUACCUCAAGACUUCCUUUGGUUUGCAAAGCUGUCCUGCGCAUGGCAGCAGGUGCCCUGGCUUCAGCAGGGCCUCUCCUCUGCACACUCCUCUCCCUCCUCCCUCCUUCAGAACCGGCACAACAUCUUAAGAGCUGUGUCUCAGCUGCAGUCUUGUCUAGGAACGAUGGACCUGGGCCAGGUGUAUUAUGAACCACUGAAAGACAGGCAGGGCAAUGUUCUGAUAGUGACGCUGAGGGAGUUCCCAAAUCCCCCAUCAGGUCCCCCAGACCCUCCUUUCCACUGGAUUCCCCUGGACCGACUGGAGAAGAACCGCAGCAGAACGCCUCUGCUGCCUGAGCCCACUGCCAUGGAUACGCUCUAUGAGCAGCUGAAGGACAAACUUUCCUUCCACAGGCACAGCAUUCAGUGGACCCAGCCUGGUCUGUAUGUGGGCAUCCUAAAACUGUGCAGCUCUGUGGACCAGAUCAGGGUCCUGGUGCCUCAGAGGCUGCCCAAUCUGCUCUGCCACACAAGAGUCCGACACAAUCCCCAUGUAACCAGAGAGGAGUGGACUUGGCUCCAGAGUCAUGUUUACACUGCACACAGCGGCGGCGCUCAGAACCUGAGCAGUGAGGAUGAGAGCUCGGCAGAGAGCAGCGGUGUGGUGGAGUUUGUCAGGGCUCUGAGAGCUGCAGUCACACAGCUCCUGACAAAGCUCAACAUUCCCCUCUACAGGGCCUACCAAUAUGGCGUGUACACGCGGGAGCUGCUGCAGUUUGGUGGAAAGGUGUCCAUGCUGUUGCUUCUGCCUCCCAGUGAGGACUUCAGCUCCAGUUACUGGCCUCUGGUGGGAACCAAAGAGCUGGGCCUCACCAUGCCUCUGCAGAUCUUUGAACUGGUUCACUUCUGGACAUAUGAGCGGGAAUUUGUGUGUCAGUACUGCCAGGCGUGGGUAAGGCUGGAGCUGGACACCCAUCUGGCCCAGCAGGCUCUGCGUGAGGCACUGGACACCAAGGAGGUGCAGGAGGCCCGGGAGCGGCUCAACAACAUCACUGACCUUUCUCGUCGUUUGGAGAUGUUGUGGAGGGAUGCCCGUUGGAUAAUGGACUGCCUGCAGUGUGUGCGCUCCAAGCAGUGGGUGGGAGCGGUGCCAUUAGGCCUGGUGAUGGGUGGAGACCCACCCCCUCGUCCUGAUGGGGAGGAGGAGGAAGACAGUCUGACUGCCAGGUUAAAAUGGCCAACACGAAUCCAAACACAGAGAUCUAUGUCAGGUUCGGCCAAUGUUCCCUUACCGGUUACCGCCACGGUCUCCCCUCCACAGGGAAUCCCAGCUGCCCCUCGGGAUGCUUCGCUCAUGUUGAUGGAAGGUGUCGUGAAGGGCGGUUACCCCGUUGACAUCAACGCUCAGUCGACAGUUGACCUGGCCAGCAUUGGGCUGCCGGAGGACGGAUACACCGGCGCUUUAACGGAGUCUGAACUCAACUCUGCAGCUGUGGCACAGCUGGAAGCCACGGUGUUGGACAACAUGGACUUCCCCCCCAGCAUAACGGACGUCCUCAGGCCGAUGGAGAUGGCAGAGCUGGUGGACAUCUUGCCUACGCUGAGUCUGAUUGAGGAGGAGAACACCAGCGCUCCAUCCACGCCGUCUGUCAUGGACAUGCUAGAGAACUUUGCUCUCGGUGUCGGGGAGGAAAACAACCACUUUAUCUUUGAGGCCUCCAGCCUGCUGAGCGAGGGUGGAGCGGCGUCAGAGCCAGACGAUGUGAAUGAGACGUACUGUGAGGACGUUGUACUAAAUGGAGGGGAAGUUGCAUCUUCUUGUUCCACUGUAAGGGCCUCAGAAAUCCACACCCCACUGUGUGACUUACCUCUAAAUGAUGCAAAGACAAAGGAGGCUCCAAGUAGGGGGGGAUCCCUUCCAGUGAGGAGCCUGGUAGAGUGGGACAGACCCUCCACCAGUUCUUCAUGACAUUAAACUGUCAUUUCCAACUUUCUGUCACACUUCAGCAAUCAGCAAAGCAGUGGAAAAUACCCACUUCUUUUCACUGUAUUCAUCAUAGUAGAUAAUAAAUGGAGGAUGUCUUGUGAGAAGAAUAUCCAGCCUCAUCGGUGACACUCCAGAAGCCAGGCCUGUUUUUGCACACCCCUAAACCCUUCAUUUCUAGUUUUUUUCAGCAUAUAGAUUUGUGCUCAUGAGUUUCCAUUCUGAAUAUGGAAAUGAUAAAAUAUUACAAAAACUUCCCACUAGCUUUGGGUUGAUCAAGUCAUUUAGUAUCAGGCAGUUGUGUUUGAAACUUCCUGGGUGCCCCUGCUAAGGUGUAAUUUACCUUAUGCAGCGUGUUGCCCCAUUUUCAACACCAACGGAACCAAAAGCAGCUUGAACUUCUGCUCUGGGUUCUAUCAGCUGCAUUAAAUCCCAAAGGCAUCCUCUGAUGUUUAUCUCUGUGGUGUAAGCGGGCUUUAUUCAUGCAAAGCCUUUUUUCUUGGUAUUCAAAUCAGCGGCCAUUUUUACCAGAACUGCCUCCUCACUGUGCAUCUUGAAACAGCCACACUACAGUUUGGCUGUGUGAAGAUGCACUCCUUAAUUAGAAAUCAGAGUCUAAAUAGCUUUUUUUUUUGAAUAUAUUUGAGAUAUCUUUCCUGUUUUAUAUGGAAAAAAAUAAUGCAACCACUUUUGGCAUUUACUUAAUCACAUUUUGUUAUAUAAACACAGUUGUUUGUAACUAUGAUUAAGUAAAUGCCAAAAGUAGUUCCGUUUUGCUUCUAAUAAUCAUUAUCUACACCAGAGCAUCAUUGGAUACAACCAUAGGUGACAGAAAAGGUUUAGCUUUUUAAUUUAUGGUAAUUCAUGGUAUGUUAACUUAUGAGCACUAGUCCUAAAUGUCAAAUGUAAAAAGGUAAUAAUAAUAAUAAGUUAUUGUUGUAGUAAUGACUUGAAUAUAACUUGCUCACUACAAGACAAAGCCCUAUUGGUGCUUUUCUGAGCUGUGUACAAACUCUUCAGAUUCAGUCAAAUAAAUGAGUUUCUUUUGGUUUUUAAGAGAAA